AGUGCCUCAUCAUCUCACACUACACACUCGUCUUUCUCCUCUUCAUUCCCUUCUUUCUCUGCCUCUUCACCUCUUCUCUCCCUGUCUUCAUCUUACCCUCUUCAUUGUUUGCUUUCAAUAAUUAUAUUAAAUACGUGGCCACACCCUCUUAAAUCUAUAUAUAUAUAUAAACCCCUUCACACUCUCCACUAUGACCGGCAGAGAAAUUCUUCAUAAGAUGAAGGAAAAAGUUUUGGGAUCAUCUGAUCCUGACUCAGGUAAAGGAAAGAGCAAGAUGAAGAAGCAGAUAACUCAUGGCUUUCACUUGGUAAAGGGAAGAUCAGAUCAUGCUAUGGAAGACUAUGUUGUUGCUCAAUUUAAGCAAGUUGAUAACAAUGAGUUAGGCUUAUUUGCAAUAUUUGAUGGCCACUCAGGUCACAGUGUACCUGAUUACUUGAAGUCUCAUUUGUUUGAUAAUAUCUUAAAAGAGCCUAACUUCUGGACAGAACCUGCGGAUGCGGUCAAGACAGCAUACAUUAUAACUGAUUCCACUAUUUUAGACAAAUCAGGUGAACUGGGUAGAGGAGGUUCAACUGCUGUCACAGCAAUAUUGAUCAAUUGUCAGAAGCUAGUAGUGGCCAACAUUGGGGAUUCUCGUGCUGUUUUAUGUAAGAACGGUGUGGCCAAACAACUAUCAGUGGAUCAUGAACCAACCACAGAAAGUGAGGAUAUAAAAAACAGAGGUGGUUUUGUGUCAAACUUUCCAGGGGACGUUCCACGUGUUGAUGGUCAGUUAGCAGUGUCAAGGGCAUUUGGUGACAAAAGCCUGAAGAAACACUUAAGCUCAGAGCCUCAUGUGACUGUGGAGAUGAUAGAUGAUGAUGCAGAGUUUGUAAUUUUAGCUAGUGAUGGGUUGUGGAAGGUAAUGUCCAAUCAAGAAGCAGUUGAUGCCAUCAAAGAUAUAAAGGAUGCUAGAUCUGCAGCAAAGCUCCUUACUGAAGAAGCAAAAAACAGGAAAAGCUCAGAUGAUAUCUCUUGCGUUGUUGUGAGAUUUCAGUGAUCACAGAACUCACAUUGUGGAUUUUGUUCUACGAACUUGAAAGUGUAACAUAUACUUUACUAUAUAUAAUAUGGAUAAAUGUUGAUAUCCUUAAAGGUGUUAUAAUGCCAAGCUGAACAGUGUGGGGUAAAGAUCUAACUUUAUCUGCUUUGAUCCAAUCCAACUUUGGACAACGUGUCGUUUUAUGUAACAAUGUAAAAAGGAUUUAGUUUUGGAUUGUGUAGACCAAAAUAAUUCGUACCAAUGCAAGGAAUAGUUUGGUCAAUCUCUAUCAUCUUCAAAAUCCUUGCCAAAUUUACUGCUUGGCCGUUCAAGUUUUUCUUAGACCAUCCAUUUGUGCUCACGAAUCAAUGAUGCUUGCAUUUACUUAACGUAUUUAAUAUCGAUAUUUUUAUCAAGUAUUCAAAUCAACUACGUCAAAUCUUAAUUUUCAAGUUGUCCUCUUUCGGAAGAAAUGAGGUUACGUUUACUAUGUUUUCAGGUUAACAGUAAUGAUUUAUCUUGAGAAUGUUUGUAAUUUUUAUUUAACUAAUUUCUAAGAAGUAUAUUCUUUGUUUGGAUUUACAGAAUAGUUAUUAUAUAUUUAUUGUUUUAUCU